CCAAACGCUAUACAUACAAUAUUGCUAUACAGUCACAGUGUAACAUUUAACUCCAGGCAAGAGAGCCACACAGUCGCUGCAACCCUAAAUGCUCCGGUGCGGUGUCUCGGCGCGCCCUCGUCUGCUACUGGCAAGCGCAGGUAUAACCUGCACCAGAUCUAGCGUCAGCGCCCGGGCUGCGGCACCAGCGCAGGCAAACGUGACGACCAUGGCUAGCGACGCAUGUGCGGCCACGGAAGCUGCCAUAGCUGGACUGCAGCCCCCGGCGCUGUGGAAGUUCUUUGCACAGCUAACUCAGAUACCUCGUCCGUCGAAGCAUGAGGCGCGCGUGCUGCAGUAUCUGAAGGAUUUCGCGGAGGCGCGGAGGCUGAGCUGGCGCCAGGACGCGGUGGGGAACCUGGUCAUCUGCCGGCCCGGCAGCGGCGGCGGCGAGGCGGCGCCGGGCGUGGUGAUCCAGGGUCACAUCGACAUGGUAUGUGAGAAGGACCCGGCCCUGACCCACUUCGACUUCAUGACCCACCCGCUCACGCUGCGGCGCGAGGGCGACUGGGUCCGGGCCAGCGGCACCACACUGGGAGCGGACAACGGCAUUGGUGUGGCUGCUGCGCUGGCGCUGCUGGACCUGCCGCCCUCCGCCAAGCUGCCGCCACUGGAGUGCCUGUUCACAGUGGACGAGGAGACCGGACUCACAGGCGCCUUCCAGAUAGCUCCGGACCUGGUGCAGGGCCGCACCAUGCUCAACCUGGAUACGGAGGAUUGGGGUGAGGUGUUUAUCGGCUGUGCGGGCGGCGGCGACACCACCCUGGUCCUGGAGGUGGGCCUGCAGCCACCACCGCCCAGCAGCACGCCCAUGAACCCCUACGAGCUGUCAGUGAGUGGUCUGUUGGGCGGCCACUCCGGACUCAACAUCGCCGAGGGCCGUGGCAAUGCCGUGCAGCUGCUGGCACGGGCGCUGGCGGCGGUGGACCAGGCGGCGGCGGCGGCGGCGGGCGGCGAGGCGGCCGGCAGCAGCAGCAGCAGCGGAAGCAGCAGCAACGGCAACGGCAGCGGCGGCAACGGCAGUGGGGAUCCGGGCUGGCGGCUUGUGAGCGCUGGUGGCGGCGACAAGCGCAACGCCAUCGCCCGGGAUGCCAGCGCCGUCAUCCUGGUGUCUGACGCGCGGCGCGAGGCGGUGGCGGCGGCGGUGGGUGCGCUGCAGACGCAGCUGGCUGCUGAGUAUGGCCGGCUGGAGGAGGGCCUGGCUGUGCGGCUCAGACCGCUGCCCGGACCCGCCGGGACGCCACAGCAGCAGCAGCAGCAGCAGCAGCAGGUGACAGAGGUGGUGGCCCCUGCGGACGUGUGUCGGCUGCUGGCGCUGCUGCGUGGGCUGCCGCACGGCCCCCUCAAGUUCUCACACGCAGUGCCGGGCCUGGUGGAGACGAGUAACAAUGUGGCUUCGCUCAAAGACGCCGCGACCCUGCCGCCCGGGGAGCCCGGCAGCAGCAGCGGCGGCGGCAGCAGUAGCUGUCCGGCCGGCGUGCGGCGCUAUGUGGUUGUGUGCACCACCCGCUCCUCGCUCACACCCGCACUGGAGGCCACACGCGACGUCAUUGCGGGCCUGGCGCAUCUGGCUGGCUGCACCGCGCUGCACCGCAAGGCCGCCUACCCGGGCUGGCAGCCCGACCCCACCAGCCCCGUGCUGCAGAUGACACUGGAUGCCUACAAGGAGCUCACUGGCGGCGAGGCCAAGGUGAGCGCCAUCCACGCCGGCCUGGAAUGCGGCAUCCUGCAGCAGCGCUUCAACGGGUUGGACUGUGUGAGCUUCGGACCCACCAUCAAGGGCGCGCACAGCCCGGACGAGCGCGUACAGGCGUCCACCGUGGCGCCGUUCUGGGACCUCACCCUGCGACUGCUGCAGCGGCUGGCGGACGUGCGGCAGUAGCAGCGGCGGCAGCAGGGGCGGCAGGCGGCGGCAGCAGCAGCAGUAGCAGCAGCGACUGCAGGCGGGAAGGGCGAUAGUGGAGUCGGCGGAAGGACCAUAUGGUACGACAAGCACACGGGCGACCUUGCAAACACACACGGGUCCGGAUGGACAUGACGUGAGACACCGUAUGGUAAGCAUACGGUGUGUAUGCCGUGCCGUUCAAUUCAUCCCAAUAUUGCUUGCAUGCGCGCAUCGGUGCGGUGCGCAAAAUUGAUCAUAGGUUGAUUGACACGCGCGCCAGACGCUCAGGUGGGCAGCAGCCGCGCAAGGCACUCCCCCAUUUAGUUACAAGCUCUGAUGACUGGUGAGUGACGACAUGUGCUUCAUGUUAAGCGUGUGUACAGCAUUCAUCGUGCAUGUUGGGACGUGAAGCGUCAGUGCGUGCGCACACAGGCGGGCGGUGCAUGGAUGCAGCACGGUGUGCGUGUCAAGGGGACCGAUGUGUGUGUGUGUGUGUGUGUGUGCGCACAUGUCCACGGCGGCGGCGGCGAGUGUUGCUUGGUACCUCCAAGCAGACCAUAUAUUGACGUCAACAGCAAGGCCAGAUAGCAGCGGCAGCGCUGACAGAGGGAAUGCGCGUGUGGUGGCGAUUUGAUACGGUAAUGGGAGUGGUGUGUUCAGCACUACUGGCUGGGGGCGCGGCAGGUGCUGCUGUGUGUCCUGUGGGUCGGUGGUUGUGUGGACAUGUGGUGGCGCUGCCUGCCGGCGGGGCAGACCGGUGGCGGGCCAUGCAGCGCCCCGGCGGGCGGCUGGCGGGGCGGACCGGUAGCGGGGCGGGGCAGUGCGGGCGCCGGGCGGGGCUGUGAGGAGGUCGGGCCCGAGGUGACACUGCGGUGGUGGUGGCAUCAGGGGGUGAAGCUGAUGCGCUUGUGUGUACCGCAUGCGUGUGGUGUGCGUGUGCGUGUGCGACGGGUCGGUUGUGAGCGGUCCCGUGCCCCGGAGAGGCGGAAACCGGGGGGGCGGCCACGACCACCCCCCAUCGACGAUCGAGUCGACCUUUAAGCACUGGGCAGACAGCAAGUAAGCGUGCAAAUUCCGAAGUGUGAGUCGGAGCCCUGCUACGUGCAGGACCCGUUGUACAAAAUGCGAGUUAGGCUUUGCGGGGUGGCUGAGUAGUUCAUGGGCGGCCACUGGGCAUUUCAAUCCACUUGGGUGUUGGGGCCCAUUAAUGCCACAGCCAAACGCCCCCGCCCCUGAUCAUGGGCUUUGAGCCUUAGAGCUGAAUACCCGAGGUAG